AAAGCGAGGGGUCGUCGAGGAGGCGCGCUUAAUCACGCCCACCGAAACUUCCGUCGCCCGCGCAAUAUUUUUUCCCUUCUUCCGGUCCCCACCGUCGACCGAGACGCGCAAAUAAAUCAAGUUCGAUCCUAAAGGGAGAGCAAAACCCAAAUUAUUCUCCAUCUCCGCUCUGCACUUGAUCGAAUUCGGGAGCGCGAUGCACGCCAAAUCGAAGAUUUCGGAUAUGCUCCCCAAGAGCUUUAAGGCGGGGAAGUGCAAGACGUCGCUGAAGCUUGCGGGGGCGCGAAUAAAGCUGUUGAAGAACAAGAGACAGGUUUUAUUGAAGCAGAUGAAGCGGGAUUUGGCCCAGCUUCUGGAUUCCGGCCAGGAACAGACCGCUCGGAUCCGGGUUGAACAUGUGAUCAGGGAGGAGAAGACAAUGUCAGCAUAUGAUCUCAUUGAGAUAUACUGUGAACUUAUUGUGGCACGUUUGCCAAUAAUUGAGUCACAGAAGAGCUGCCCCAUAGAUCUGAAAGAGGCUGUAGCUAGCAUUGUUUUUGCAUCCCCAAGAUGUGCGGACAUACCAGAACUUAUGGAAAUUCGCAAGCAUUUUCUAGCAAAAUAUGGGAAAGAGUUCAUUACUGCAGCUCUUGAAGUUCGACCAGAAUGUGGUGUUAGCCGUAUGGUGGUUGAGAAAUUGUCAGCAAGGGCACCUGAUGUUGAGGCAAAAAUCAAGACCUUGACUGCAAUUGCCCAAGAACAUAAUGUCAAAUGGGAUCCAGAAGCAUUUCAGGAGCAGAUUAAGAAGCCUAAUGAUGAUCUGCUGAAUGGCCCUACAUCUUUUACCAGUGCCAGCAAGAUGACAAUGCAAUCAUCUAGUGUCAAUCCAGACCAAGUGAAUGUAUCAAUUAGGGAAAUGCCUGAGAAUGUUGUGACCAGCAAACCAAACAAUUUCAAUACAUUGUCUCAUGAAGGCAUGAACACUCCUGACAGUUCGGUACCUAUGUCUUCUCAAUCUACUCCUAAAACUUCAGAAAAUAGAUCUGGAGGGGAAGAAUUUAAGUUUUCAUAUUCUAAGGAAGAUGGUGCCUUAAGUCAGUCAAAUUGGAAUAUGGAAUUUAAGGAUGCAACUUCUGCUGCUCAGGCAGCUGCAGAAUCUGCAGAAAGGGCUAGCAUAGCUGCUAGAGCUGCUGCUGAACUUGCAAGCCAUGGGAAUGUUUCUAGACAAAAUUUUUCUGGGUCACAGGAAUCAACCGUCCAUGUUAUCAGAGCUGCGCCUGGCACUUCGAAAGGCUCAAGGCCAGAAGGUGAACGCCCUGUUAGGGAGUCUGUAAGAAUGGAGGAGAACGAAGGGAAAAGCUUCCAAGGGAUGAAAUUCGAGAUGCAUAAACCCCAAGUAGUAGAAUCUAGCACUAUGAGAGACGCCCACUAUAUAUAUGAUGGCCAUGGAACUGUUGGCAAUAUAUCGCCGAGUAGAUCUCCAUCUCAUUCAAGCGCCUCUUCAAUCAAUGAUGAUGUUUCAGAGUUCGGUCUUCAAAAAGCUGAUUCAGAGGCAUACAAUUAUACUCCAAAAAGGUUCUCAGAAGCAGAAUAUGCAGUGCAACAUCAGAACAAUGAGAAAGUCGAGCAUGCUGAUGUAGGUUCAGGGAAUGUACAUGAAAGCAAACCAGCCUCUUCCCAGCUUUUUAAUGCAUUUGAUGGUGAUACCAUUUGGGAUAAUCCUGAGAGGAAUACUACAAUAGGUGACUAUGGUGCUGCAGCCUUUGAUGACUAUAGUUCUGAUACUGAUGGUCAUUCGACAGGAGGAAACUUGUUGGAUUCAUUUAUGCAGCAACAGUCUUCUAGUUUUUCAUCAAAUAGGGAACCUUGGAGUCCUAGGCAGCAAAAAAGUAAAUCCCUGGUUUCUGAUGCUAGAUCACCUUUUGUGACAGAACCCCAUAAAGAGUAUUCGGAAACAAUCAAUAAAGGUACUCGUCCAUCACAGUCUGAUAAUAUACCUCCAGCUUAUGAUUCGGAUGGCCUCAGCUCUGAGGAUGAUUACGAGAUAGACCAGUCCAUGUGUACAGAAGCUAUGGAACCUCAGAAUUUGUUUCAUAUCCAGAGAGGCUCCACAAAAGGCUCACCACCAACAGGAUCUACACAUGAAACAACUUACAUUAAGGAGAAGAAAGGUGUUGAUGGAGCUAAAACAAAUUCUCUUUCAUCUUACUGUGAUAUUAAUGAGAAAACUCGUGAAGCAGAACCAAUCUCUUCUAAUAGAUACAGGAAAAGUUCUGGUUUCAGUGGGCAUGGCAACCAGCCAUCUCCAAGAUAUGAUAAGAGGAACCCUGAUGAUUCUAUGAAAGGGUCGGAUAUCAGCCCAAGAGAAAAAGAGCCACAGUCUUGGCGAUCGCCAAGAGUUUCAUCAUUGGAUGAGGCUGAAACUAUGGACAAGUUUGGAAUACCCUCAUCGCCUCCUGGUAUCGAAGAUUCUGUAAUUUCAGAUGAGAGCUAUGAAAGUGGGCAAGGCUUGAACCUGGGAAGGUUAAGUGGUGGAUUUAAAAAUAGAGGUUACCAUCGUCCACCUUAUGUAAGGACCCCCUUGGUUGGUGGUUCACUCCCAUCAAAGCAAGCCUCAGAUGAUUCUCCUUCUAUCAUUGAGAAACCUAUUGUCUCUGACGUGGAUGAUUCCCCUGCGAGCACCGAGGUCCCAGUUCAGAGACGGCACAGGAAAGAUUACAAAGAAUCAAGUUUAAGAUCCACAGGAACAAAUUUCAAUCCAGGUAGUAAUGAACAGGAACAUCAUACAGUCGGAAGGGGGCAUCACACAGAUGCUUCUUCCACACCAACAGAAGGCCCAGAUAUUUCCCCCAUUAGGGAGAAAUCAACUGUUUCCCACCCAAGCAAGACAAUGUUAAGUUCUGAAGUUCCGAAGCAGGAACCGUAUGACCAGAAACCGCACAUCAAGCCUUAUUCUGAAUCAAGCUCAGGUAUGCCAGUGAACUACUUUGGCUUGGACAAUAGUGGUGAAGAAGAUCUGAAGUCAGGCUAUGCUAUUGGAAGAAGAGGCAAUAUAGAUGCAAAGCUCUCUCGGCGGACAAGAGAUAUACCAUCAAUGGGUAAAAAAGGUAGUAUCUCAAGAACUAUUAAUCGAUCUGAAAUGACAACUGUCCCUGAUAUGGAAAAUAAGGCCUUUCAAUCAAGGUCUUAUGCAACUGAAUCUUUUUCCAACAAAAGAACCCACGCCAGAAACUUAGAUGGGAAGGAGAGUUCCAAGUCUCUGCAAUCAAAUUCAUCAGCUGAGCAAUCUUUGGUGACACCUUUGAAGACUGAAUCUUCAACAUUCAAGGGGAGUCUAGUAGAGUCAUCGCAUCGUGAUUCAGCACAACCUCUCGUUCCAGAUAAUGGUGCAAACUCAAAGACAUCAAGUUCAAGCAGAGAAUCAAGUUCACAUGGAAGCUCACAUAAAAAUGCUUCUCAUGUACACCCAAAACUGCCUGACUAUGAUUCCAUUAUGGCUCAUUUUCAGUCACUUCGAUCAAAUCGAGCCUAACUGCAGGUAUUACUUCUUUUUCCCUUUCAUUGUGCAUAUAUGGGGCUUGUGGCAAUAAAUAGGUUAUUUAUCUUAUAAUUUUAAAUUCACAGGUAUAAAUAGUAUUUUUUCAGGAGUUAUUAGUCAUCCACUUGUGAUUUUAGCAAUAAAAAAAUGUUAUAUGAGGCCAGAUUCUGUAAUUUUUCUUGGUUAUAUACUUCGUGUCUGUAAUCUUUUUCUCACUGCUUGGUCAGUGUAGUGAUUCUGAACCUCUUUUUGGUGAAGUCUUUUCAUUUGAUGAUCAAAAUCAGUGAUGCGUUUCCUAUGGCGAAUUCACUGCCCAA